UCGAACAAAAAAUUGUUAAAUGUUUCAUUUGUCCCGAAAAUAAGUGAUCUGUGAUAGUCCGUAGCUAGGGUCCAGGAUAUUAGCUAUGUCGAACCUCUGCAGAUCGUUUAAGAAGCCCUGCCCGUGCGCUCGGUCUCGAUUCGGUUGGCAGAUGUCCAACAGAGCAACGAUGCCUGAGACUUGGCGUCCUGCGGAGAAUUCAAAUCCCUGUUCAAACCACUUUCGAGGAAUGCCUAUCAAAAAUCGCAGGCGUUGUGGAGGGCAAGUUUAUGAAUUCCCGAAUAAUUGUCAGGAUUUUCCUCGAGAAUAUGAAAGGCAGGAUUUAGUUCAGGAAUAUACGGGGCAACCUUGUCAAGAGUACCAGGAAUAUGGAAACUACGGCAGCCAGCAAGCACCUUGUAACGCUUGGGAACCGUGCAGAUACCUUGAUACACAGCCUCCUCCACCACCUCAGAGGUUCUAUUGUCAGCAGCCACCACAACCACCUCAGAGGUGCUGUGGACAGUCGCCUCCUCCGCCACCUCACAGGUGCUGUGAGCCACCAUCACAGAGGUGCUGUGGACAGUCGCCACCUCCAGAACCUAACAGGUGCUAUGAACCACCACCACAAAGGUGCUGUGGACAGUCGCCACCUCCAGACCCUCACAGGUGCUGCGAACCACCACCACAGAGGUGCUGUGGACAGUCGCCACCUCCAGAACCUCACAGGAGCUAUGAACCACCACCACAAAGGUGCUAUGGUCAGCCUCUACCACCAUCACCACCUCCGACGUACUGUGGACAGCCGCCACAUCCGCCCCCUCCGACGUACUAUUGUCAGCCUCCACCCUCACCACCUCCGACGUACUGUGGACAAACGCCCCCUCAGACGUACUGUGGACAGCCGCCACCUCCGCCACCACCGCCACCUUCGACGUACUAUUGUCAGCCUCCACCAUCACCACCUCAGACGUACUGUGGACAACCUCCGCCACCUGAGAGGUGCUAUGAACCGCCUCAGAGGUGUUGUUGCCAGGACAAUCCUCCUCCUUGCCAGGACAGGAAUCCCUGUGAAUGUAGAGACACAAGACGACGGAAAAGGAGGUGCUGCAGGCGGAAGAAAGGCUGCUCGAGUGAGAGCCUGUGCGUGGUGACCCACGAAGUAAGCGUCCAAACCGAGGGAGAUCCCUGCAAGCCUGCCGACCUCAUUGAGAUUGUCGAUGUGACUACACAGGAAAAGGAGGUGAGACACCGUACUGGCGAAGUGGAGUUAACAGUCGAUGAGGUCCAGACGGUCACAGUUGUCCCGGGAGAUGGCAGUAAGGCCACCAGGAAUCAAGUACAGAGUCACAUCUCGUCCAGAGACUCGUCCAAAGCUGAUAAUUCCCAACGCGUUCAGAGACAAUUCGAACAAGAAGUCGAUCCCACCUCGGUCGAAGUUCCUACAAAGGCCAUGAGGUAUUCGGAGCUAGAGCCGAUGAUGGAAAACAUAAAGGAUAUACCCAGCGUAGCCUCAUCGGGCUCUGCCUCGCCAUCGGAAGUCAAGGAACACCGCGUCUACCGCACCAACACGAAAUUCGAGCACGACUUUGGAAUCAACAGCGGGAAGAAGGAGACCAAGACUUUCCUCGAUGAUACCCACGAUGUAAAGGACUCCAAGCAAAAAUCUUCCGCCGGCUCAAGAACGCCACUUAAUCGGCCAGCCCCCAAACGUUCAACCAAGAUCGGCCCGCCCUCCUCUAAGGAGGGGUUGACAACAAGGCAAAGAAAAACCAAUACGAUCGACACCGGGAUCAGAAGACCCAUUUCCAAGUAUACCCCAAAUUACGACUCUGAAAAGCAAGCGACCGAAACGAAAGCCUCUAAGAACAUAAUGCAGCGUAUGAGCGAGACAACGGUAAACAAAACAAAGGACUCCAAUGCGAUCAAAGAAAAUAAAGACUCUGAAAAUAUAAGGCACAGCUCGGAAGAGCGGACGUUAAACCAAACGAAGACCUCCAAUAUGAUUAAGGACGCAAAAGCCUCUAAAAAUAGAAUGCAGAGCUUGGAAGAGCCAAGGCUUAAAAUAACAAAGGACUAUAAUAUGAAUAUUGAAACUAAAGCCUCUAAAAAUAUUAUGGAGCGAUCGAAAGAACCAACGUUAAACAAACGGAGCUCCUCCAAUAUGAGUAGGGAAACUAAAGCCUCUGAAAAUAUAAGGCAGAGCUCGGAAGAGAGAGUGUUUAACAAACCGAAGGCCUCUAAUAUGAUAAGGGAUAUUAAAGACUCUAAAAAUUUAAGGCAGAGCUCGGAAGAGCGAGCGUUUAACAAAACGAAGGCCUCCAAUACGAUAAGGGAUAUUAAAGACUCUAAAAAUAUAAGACAGAGCUCAGAAGAGUCUACAUUCAACAGAAAGAAGGCUUCCAAUAUGAUAAGGGAUAUUAAAGACUCUAAAAAUUUAAGGCAGAGCUCGGAAGAGAGAGUGUUUAACAAAACGAAGGCCUCCAAUAUGAUAAGGGAUAUUAAAGACUCUAAAAAUUUAAGGCAGAGCUCGGAAGAGAGAGUGUUUAACAAAACGAAGGCCUCCAAUAUGAUAAGGGAUAUUAAAGACUCUAAAAAUAUAAGGCAGAGCUCAGAAGAGUCUACAUUCAACAGAAAGAAGGCUUCCAAUAUGAUUAAGGAUGCAAAAGACUCUAAAAAUAUAAGGCAUGGCUCAAAAGAGUCUACAUUCAACAGAAAGAAGGCUUCCAAUAUGAUUAAGGACGCAAAAUACUCUAAGAAUAGAAUGCAGCGUUGGGAAGAGCCAAUGCUUAACAAAAAGAAGGUCUCCAAUAUGAUCAGGGAAACUAAUAACUCUAAAGACAGAAUGCAGCAUUGGGAAGAGCCAAAGCUUAAAAUAAGCAAUGCCUCCAAUAUGAUCAAGGAAACUAAAGACUCUAAAAAUAGAAUUCAGAACACGGAAGAGUCAAACUUAAACAAAUCAAAGGCUUCCAAUAUAAUUAGGGAAACAAAAGCCUUUAAAAAUACAUUGCAUCGUUCGGAAGAGCCAAUGUCUAACAAAACUAAGGUCUCCAAUAUUAUCAAGGAAACAAAAGACUCUAAAAAUAGAAUGCAGAACUCGGAGGAAUCAAUAUCCAAUAUGAUUAAGGAAACUAGAGACUCUAAAAAUAGAAUGCAGCGUUGGGAAGAGCCAAAGCUUAAAAUAAGCAAGGACUCCAAUAUGAUCAAGGAAUCCAAAGACUCUCAAUAUAUAUGGCGUAACUCGGAAGAGUCAAACUUAAACAAAUCAAAGGCCUCCAAUAUAAUUAGGGAAGUCUCUAACAAAAGAAUAGUGGACUCAAAAGAGCUAGAGGUGGACAAAAAAGAGGCCUCCAAUAUGAUAGAGGACUAUGAUGGAAAAUUGGUACGCAAGCCAAGGGCCUCCAUCUUCUCAGACAAGAGCACCAUUCACGUGAAAGUAACCAAUAGAAGAGAGAAACAUACGCGGAAGGCCGGUAGGAAAUCUCUCCACCAAGAGGCGCUUUUCGAAACCAAGAUUUCAGAAUUGCGCUUGUUGGAGGAGGCUGAACCCAAACCAAAGCGAAGGAAGCGUAAAAAAAUGCCAAAAAAGGAGGCAAAAUGGUGUUUUCCCACAAACGAAAUGGUCUGCAGGUUCCAUAGGCCACUGCGGAGGCAGAUAUGUCAACCACGGACUUGCCGAGCGGCUUGUGAAGCGGGAUGCAGAAGAUGUUGCCUGCCCUGCAUCUUUCCCUGCUCCCGUUCUCUGUACCCACCGUGCGUGCCGCCGCUGUGUGCGGAGUGCGAUCCCAUCUGCGGGUUUUCCAGAUGUCCCACCGCUUGCUAUUGUCAUAGGUAAUAGGGUUCAAACAGAAAUAGUAACAGUAAUUGUAAUAGUAAUAAAUUUUGUUAAAAGAGAA